AUGGGUAACUCUCUAAGUGUUCCAAAUUUUGCUACAGAAUGUUCUGAUUUAAAACAAAAAUAUGAUAAAUGUUUUGAUCAUUAUUACAGCGAAGAAUUUUUGAAAGGGAAGGGAAUGGAAAACGAUUGUAUAAGUGAAUGGCAUGAUUACAUGUUGUGUGUUAAUACUCAGUUAGUUAGAAAGGGUAUUAGGGACAUAUCGACUUUCCAAGAAGAUGAAUUGCCAGAUGAAUUGAUUGAAGAGUAUAAGAAAUCGUCCUCCUCAUAA